UAAGCGAUAUAGAAAGAAAGUCAAUUAGUCAAAAAAAAGGCUCGCCUUUCUAGUUUCACGUUUAACCCAUUGGAGUAGUGGAGAAGCAAGUUGACGGUAGAGUACAGUUAAUUGGGGUGCUCUUCUUCAACUCCGGGAAUCGGGAAAUUGGGAUAUCAUUACAAGACCGCGCACUCCAAUCGUUGGUGGUUGGUGGCGGCGGUGGUGGUGGUGUUGAGGCGUGGGUUUUCCUUGUUCCCAUUUCCCCCCUUCUGUGUAAGAUACAACAAAUGUUCCAGAGGCCGAUUCAGCCCCACCACGGCGGUGGUAUUGUGGGUCACCAGGAAAAUAUGCAGGUACAAAUGCAACAUCAGAACCACACUACUAGCACUCAGAGAAUUGCAGCCGGAGGAGGAGAGCCAUGCCUUGUCUUGACUUCCGAUCCCAAACCUCGCCUCCGCUGGACUGCCGAUCUUCACGAACGCUUCGUUGACGCCGUCGCUCAGCUCGGUGGCGCCAAUAAAGCUACGCCAAAGGCCAUCAUGCGAACAAUGAACGUGAAGGGACUCACACUCUUUCAUUUGAAGAGCCAUCUCCAGAAAUACAGACUGGGUAAGCAAUCAGGAAAGGAUAUUGGUGAAGCAUCUAAAGAUGGAUUGUCUGGCUCUUACCUUUUAGAAAGUCCCGGUGGCUGCAAUAGUUCCCCAAAUAUAACAACUUCUGAUAUGAACGAGGGAUAUGAAGUCAAGGAAGCAUUAAGAGUACAGAUGGAAGUGCAAAGCAAAUUAUAUCUACAAGUUGAGGCAGAGAAGCAUCUGCAAAUUCGUGAGGAUGCCGAACGAAGAUAUUUAGCGAUGCUUGAGAGGGCUUGUAAGAUGCUUGCUGAUCAAUUUCUAGGAGGUACAGUUAUUGACACGGAGAGUCAGAAGGGUUCAGCCACAAAGACACCAAGGAGUGCAUCUCUUGAUCCACUUGGCUUUCAAUCAUUACAAACUGAAGCAGUGAGUGAAGUCCAUGGACUAGAAAUACCAUCGAGUCUGCAUCACCAAGGGGCAGAUUGUUCCACUGAGAGCUGCCUAACUUCAAAUGAGAGUCCUGGAGGACUCACUUUUGAAGGAUCUCCAGCUGGAGGUAAGAAGCAGAUGCCAAGCUUGGACUCGCCAACAGCAUCUCUGAUUUGGGGUGAAGCAAAGGUGAGAACCUCAGAGGUGAACACGACUCAAGUUAAUCCCCACAGCAUCACUGGGUAUGGUAUAUGGAGCUGAAAAUGCUAGUUGAUGGUCAUCUUGUUUGAUAGGGUGAGAUUCUUCAGCUUACUCAGAGUUGCAAUUUAAGUGUACAAAUGGUAAUAUGUUGGUGGCAACAGUGUGAGGGCAGUAGCAGAAAAGGACUCGUCUCAAAAUUGUAAAUUUAAAUUGCUGAAUAUUGACAUGUUAGACAUUUUGAUGAUUUUUCUACGUAAUUUCCUUGUUCCGUUUAUACUA